GCUCAGGGUGUUCCCGGGGCGGUUGACGCUGCUGGCCGCGCCGCAGCGAUGGCCCAGUGUGUACAGUCGGUGCAUGAGCUAAUCCCGGACUCCUUCGUCCCCUGCGUUGCUGCUCUAUGCAGCGACGAAGCCGAGCGACUGACUCGGCUCAACCACCUCAGCUUCGCAGAGCUGCUGAAGCCCUUCUCGCGCCUCACUUCCGAAGUGCAUAUGAGAGAUCCUAAUAAUCAGCUUCACAUAAUUAAAAAUUUGAAGAUAGCAGUGAGCAACAUUGUCGUCCAACCACCUCAGCCUGGAGCUCUUCGGAAGCUUUUGAAUGAUGUGGUUUCUGGCAGUCAGCCUGCUGAAGGAUUAGUCACUAAUGUGAUUACAGCAGGAGAUUAUGACCUUAACAUCAGUGCCACUACUCCAUGGUUUGAGUCUUACAGAGAGACAUUUCUUCAGUCAAUGCCAGCAUCAGAUCAUGAAUUUCUGAACCACUAUUUAGCAUGUAUGUUGGUGGCGUCUUCUGGUGAAGCUGAUCCUGUGGAGCAGUUUUCAAAGCUGUCACAAGAACAGCAUCGACUUCAGCACAAUAGUGAAUGUUCCUACCCAAAGUGGUUUAUCCCGAACACGCUUAAAUACUAUGUGCUUUUACAUGACAUAAGUGCGGGAGAUGAACAGAGAGCUGAGUCGAUUUAUGAAGAAAUGAAACAGAAAUAUGGAACUCAGGGUUGCUAUUUACUUAAAAUUAAUUCUCGAGCAUCAAAUCGAGCAUCAGAUGAACAGAUACCAGAUCCUUGGAGUCAGUAUCUCCAGAAAAAUAGUAUUCAAAACCAGGAAUCAUAUGAAGAUGUCCCUUGUACUAUGACUUCCAAUAAGAAUUCUGAUAGUAGCUUGCUUUCAUUGGAUGGAAUAGAUAAUGAAGUCAAAGUAGAUGGCUUACCAAAUAACUAUAGAGCUCACCCACUUCAAUUGGACCAAUCAAGUGACCCUUCUACCAGUGUUGAUGGUGCAGAUCAUGUUACAAAGAAAGCAAGUGCUGGAAUAAUUCAUGGUGCCUGUUUAACACUUACUGAUCAUGAUAGAAUUCGACAGUUUAUACAAGAGUUUACAUUUCGUGGCCUUUUGCCACACAUAGAGAAAACUAUCCGGCAAUUAAAUGAUCAGCUAAUAUCAAGAAAAGGUUUAAGUCGAUCUCUGUUUUCUGCAACUAAAAAAUGGUUUAGUGGCAGUAAGGUUCCAGAAAAGAGUAUUAAUGAGCUGAAAAGUACAUCUGGAUUGCUGUAUCCUCCAGAAGCACCGGAGCUUCAAAUCAGGAAGAUGGCUGACUUGUGCUUUUUGGUGCAGCACUACGAUUUGGCUUACAGUUGCUAUCAUACAGCAAAGAAGGAUUUUCUUAAUGAUCAAGCAAUGCUUUAUGCAGCUGGUGCCUUGGAAAUGGCAGCAGUGUCAGCUUUCCUUCAACCAGGAGCACCUCGUCCAUACCCUGCUCACUACAUGGAUACGGCAAUACAGACAUACAGGGAUAUCUGCAAGAAUAUGGUGUUGGCAGAAAGAUGUGUAUUGCUUAGUGCUGAAAUUUUAAAAAGCCAAAGCAAAUAUUCAGAGGCUGCAGCUCUUCUAAUACGGUUGACAAGUGAGCAGAACACAUGGAAGGGCAUGGAUUCUGAUCUUCGAAGUGCACUGCUUUUGGAACAGGCGGCACAUUGCUUUAUAAACAUGAAGAGCCCCAUGGUCAGAAAAUACGCAUUUCAUAUGAUAUUGGCUGGUCAUCGGUUUAGUAAAGCAGGACAGAAGAAGCAUGCUUUGCGCUGCUAUUGUCAAGCCAUGCAAGUCUACAAAGGCAAAGGCUGGUCUCUUGCAGAGGAUCACAUUAACUUCACAAUUGGACGCCAAUCCUAUACUCUCAGGCAGCUGGACAAUGCCGUGUCUGCUUUUAGACAUAUUUUAGUCAAUGAAAGUAAACAAUCUGCUGCCCAACAAGGGGCUUUUCUUAGAGAGUAUCUUUAUUUUUAUAAGAAUAUAAGUCAGCUAUCACCAGAUGGCCCUUUACCUCAGCUUCCUUUACCAUACAUUAACAGUUCAGCAACUCGGAUUUUCUUUGGCCAUGACAGACGACCAGCAGAUGGUGAAAAGCAAGCAGCUACUCAUAUAAGUCUUGAUCAAGAAUAUGAGUCUCAGUCCUCCCAGCAGUGGCGAGAACUUGAAGAACACGUUGUAGCUGUGGUUAAUAAAGGAAUAAUUCCAUCCAAUUUCCAGCUGACACAAUACUGUUUGAACAGUUAUUCAGAUAACUCCAGAUUUCCACUUGCGGUUGUAGAAGAACCAAUUACAGUGGAAGUAGCCUUUAGAAAUCCAUUAAAAGUUCCACUUUUAUUAUCUGACUUGUCAUUGCUCUGGAAGUUUCAGCCUAAAGAUGCCAGUGAAAGAGAUCAUGAAGAAAUGAAAGAACUAAUUGUAGGUGAACCUGAAAUGAUUGGAACUGAAGUUAUUUCAGAAUUCUUAAUUAAUAGUGAAGAAUCUAAAGUGGCAAGACUAAAGCUCUUUCCCCAUCACAUAGGGGAGCUGCAUAUUCUGGGAGUUGUUUAUAAUCUUGGCACUGUUCAGGGCUUCAUGACAGAUGGCAUUGGUGCUCUUCCUGGAUGUCACACAGGAAAACAUCCCUUGAGUAUGUUGGUUCGAGGGAGACAGAAUUUAGAAAUUCAAGGUCCUCGGCUUAACAACACAAAAGAAGAGAAGACAUCUAUUACAUAUGGUCCUGACCGACGUUUAGAUCCUAUAAUCACUGAAGAAAUGCCAUUGUUGGAGGUGUUUUUUAUACAUUUUCCUACAGGGCUCCUCUGUGGAGAAAUCCGAAAAGCAUAUGUAGAAUUUGUCAAUGUCAGCAAAUGUCCUCUUACUGGAUUGAAGGUUGUGUCUAAACACCCAGAGUUUUUUACUUUUGGUGGCAACACUGCUAUUCUAACACCGCUGAGCCCUUCGGCCUCUGAAAACUGCAGUGCUUAUAAGACUGUUGUGACAGACUCCACCUCUGUGUGUACAGCACUCACAUCAUCAGCCUCUUCUAUAGACUUUGGUGUUGGCAUAGGAAGUCAGCCAGAGGUGAUCACUGUUCCUCUUCCAGACACUGUGCUUCUCCCUGGAACUUCAGUCCAGCUGCCAAUGUGGUUACGUGGGCCAGAUGAGGAAGGUGUCCAUGAAAUUAACUUUUUAUUUUACUAUGAAAGUGUUCAAAAGCAGCCAAAAAUACGGCACAGAAUAUUAAGACAUACUGCCAUUAUUUGCACCAGCCGAUCUUUGAAUGUACGAGCUACUCUCUGCAGAAGCAAUGCACUUGAAGAUGAAGAAAGCAGGGGAGGCAGUAUGUUAGUCUUUGUGGAUGUGGAAAAUACUAAUACUAGUGAAGCAGGGGUUAAAGAAUUCCAUAUAGUGCAAGUAUCAAGUAGUAGCAAACACUGGAAGUUACAGAAAUCAGUAAAUCUUUCUGAAAACAAAGAUGCCAAACUUGCCAGUAGGGAAAAGGGAAAGUUUUGCUUCAAGGCAAUAAGAUGUAAACAAAAAGAAGCUGCAACACAAUCAUCUGAAACAUAUACCUUUGCAGAUAUCAUCUUUGGAAAUGAACAGAUAAUAAGCUCAGCAAGUCCAUGUGCAGAUUUCUUUUAUCGAAGUUUAUCUUCUGAGUUGAAAAAAACACAAGAUCAGCUGCCUGUGCAUACAGAAAAACCCUCAGUAGAGGAUGCUGUGAGACUGAUUCAAAGAUACAGGGCUGUGGAUUUGAAUCUUGUCAUAUUGUGGAAGGCAUAUGUUGUGGAAGACAGCAAGCAACUUAUUUUAGAAGGUCAGCAUCAUGUUAUUCUUCACAGUAUAGGAAAAGAAGCCUUUUCAUAUCCUCAGAAGCUGGAGCCACCAGAAAUGGAACUACUAAAAUUUUUCAGGCCAGAAAACACUACAGUUUCCUCAAGACCAUCAGUAGACCAGCUUUCUAAUCUCAUUAAAACAAGUUUUUACUACCCAGAAUCAUUUAAUCAUCCAUUUCAUCAAAAAAGCCUCUGUGUAGUACCCAUCACCCUUUUACUUUCUAACUGUUCUAAGACUGACGUAGAUGUGAUCGUCGAUCUUCGGCAUAAAGCAACAAGUCCAGAAGCAUUGGGAAUUCAUGGAUCAUUUACAUGGCUUGGACAGACACAAUAUAAACUUCAACUUAAAAGCCAGGAGAGUCACAGUUUGCAGCUGAAAGCAUGCUUUGUUCAUACAGGUGUGUAUAAUAUUGGGACUCCUAGAGUAUUUGCCAAGUUUUCGGACCAAGUUGCAGUGUUUGAAACAAGUCAGCAGAACUCCAUGCCUGCCCUAAUUAUCAUAAACAAUGUGUGACAGCUGAAAGCUACAAGAAUAACUUUGAUGUUGCUGGAUGGGUUUUAUAGCAUUAUUUGGAAAACAUGACUUAGUAGGGAAGUUGGGAUCUGAUCACAGAGCUUGAAUGAUGCAAGGCAAUUUGGACUGAGAAAACUUAUGUUCCUUUUUAUUUUUCUUUAAAACUGGUAAUAAUUUAUAUGCAUAUAAUACUGAAUUUCAGCAUAUCCGUGUACCUUAUUAAACCCCAUCUUAAAAAAAUAUGUUGUUAUAAUUUGUUAGAUGGUAUAUGACUAUUAGGUGAUCCUGAGGAAGGAAAGGCCUUGCUGGGAGUGCUCCAUACACAGUGUAUAGAUUACAGCUGUACUGUGAGGGUCCAUGGAGUACUAACAGAGAUUGCCUGGCUUGCUUCACAGUUCUCUAAACUCUCAACUGAGCUUUGGUUGUAGAGUAUUUGUAUUUCAGUUCUGGUGGGCUCCUAUGGCUUAUACAACACUUUGUGAAAAGAAAACAUUUUUUUCUGAUGCUUUCAAUAUACUUUGGUUUUUUUUUCCUUUGCAUUCAUCUCACAUUCAUUGCACUGUUUCACAAUGAAAUUUUUUGGUCAUUAAAAUCAUAUUGUGUAUUAUAUAACUAACAAUUGAGUCAAAUGGUUUAAAACAUAAUCUCGUUAAUUAAAAAGCUUUUCAAAAAUGUAUUAUAUUUAUAACAAAUGUACUGUAAAUAGAAUAAAGACAUGAUAUUCACUGUA